AUGGCUGUUAAGCGUCCCGUUAAGACUACGGCUGUUAAGCGUCCCGUUAAGACUACGGCAGUUAAGCGUCCCGUUAAGACUACGGCUGUUAAGCGUCCCGCUCUCGCCUCCCUCCAAGUUAAGCGCCCCUCUCUCGCCUCCCUCCAAGGUAGAACUGUCGAUGUUGACGCAACACCCACGAGAAUAACCCCAAAACGAGAAGCGAAGUCCAAUAAUCCGUACUGUAUAAAGUAUGAAAAGGAUCAAGCCGCAGACGGUGAGGAUAGCAGCAAUCGUAAACGAAAGUUGUCUGGCCACAACAGCGACCGACCAACCAAAACUCUUGACCCUGGAGGUAAGGAACCCAAAGGUAAGGAGGAAAAGCAAAAGCCACAAGGGUUUGCCUAA